UGGCCGCCAGCGCCAACGCUGCAGUGGGACAAUGGCCAGCCGUGGGCGGCACGUUCAUGGCGGCUGUGCACAACCGGGGCAGAUGGUGGAAUAUGGUGUGGUGGACGGACGAUGGUCUUUGGCUGGCGUAAUGGCAGUACUCUUGGAGCUCCCUGCAGAGCUGCAUCGAAGAGUCGAAGGCCAGGUCGCCUUCUGCUGCUAUCGUCGUUGCUGUUGCUGCUCCACUACUACACGACAGCGCCGAGGAGGGUGUCUGGAGAGUGCUCUCAUUCUGCAGCAUACCUGCACCACCGUUCAGUGCCGGAAAAGAGAACAGUGAUGGCGAGCGUUCGGGGGGUGCCACUGGCAUCGGAUAUUGCAUCGCCUCUGCCAUGCCACCGAAUCUCGAUGCGUCGGCCUGCAUGUAGGAAAGAUCUGUUGCAUCUUCGGUCCAACUGUUGCUGCCAUGAGUCUCUAGGCUGGCCCCGGCUGUGCUCCAAUACAUGUCCAUUGCGGCAUCGGCAUCCAUGCCGAGCAACUUGCUGUCAAACUCCAGUGCGGCGUCACUGUAUCCAAUGUGGUCGAGAGCCGGAGGACUUCCAGAAGUUGAACUUGUCUGUGCUUGAGGCGAAGCUGCUGCUGCUCUUCUCCGUCGCUCUCUUUCCUUCGAAGAGGUUUGCCCUUCGCUGGUCGACUCUGGAACCGAGCUCACUCGCUUUGGCCGACCAGGUUUGCGUCUAGGAGCGAACAGACAUGCUAUGCCACUGCGUGCACACGUGGUGCAUGCGCAGUCUCCGGGAGGAAUGAGGCAGCGAAUCUUCCUCCUGGUGCCAGUCAGCUCAUGUCACAUAUCCCAUUCCACUCCUUUCUCGGCUUCCAUACCGAUGACAAGCUUCGCAAGCCACUCUGAACUGGAAUCCUGAGUUGGACGACAUUGGAGAUUAUGAGCUUGGCAACAAGUCGGCAGAACGUACUUCUCUUAUAACAUUCUGCAUGUGCCUGUCUUAAGCUGUCUUGGAUAUCUUGUUGGAGACUUGGGGACUUGGCGAACAGGCCUCCCAUCUAGUGUUCGUUCUAGGUACUGCUUUGCCACGCAUCAUCGCGGACUCGCGAGAAGCCCUGGUGAGUCACCCCACAGUUCAAGGAGAUGAUAUGCCGCAAGAGUGACACUACACAUAACACGGCCUGCACUUGAUGCGCGGGCUCCACUUGGGCGCGUCGCAGGGUGCCGACCAUCUAGCCUCCCUCAGUCGCGUAAUCAGAUGGCAUAGCUCGGAUACCAUGGGUGCCGAGAACGCCCUUUUCGCAUCAUGACUGCAUUCAGGAGAGAACGAGAGGGUCGGGCUUCACGUGGCAUUGAACUCUUUGAGAGCAUCUCUGCCACGUUGCAGACGAGGGACAUACUGCAAAUGAGCUGUACCGUUCGAUCACCAUGGCCGUCUGAGCCACGAUGAUCCCGAGACUGUUUGGCUCUCCUUGGCACUUUCAGGCCACACCCACGAUCGACAGUAGCGUCCGCCUUCUGCAGCCACUGCGCUACUCAGUUGUUGUUGAUGAUGUUGUUGUCGCUGGAUUUCUUGGCUUGGAAGCCAAAAGCGGACAAUGUAGCUAAGGCGAAGGUACGCAGCUAGGUCCAAUGUGGAAUCUGCCAUGAAUCAGAUAGAUGGAUCCCGUAACUCGCAACAUCAGGGCGCUCGGGCGCACUCCGACCCAUGCUCAUCCGCAUCAAGCAUCACAUACUAGACGACUAGUACGCCGCUCUCACUCUGGAGCGGGGUCGUCGAUGCGCGGGGAGUCGUCAGAGGGAAUCCAUAACUCGAGCAUAGGAUUACCUGUAAACCAGGCUGUGUCGUCACACCAAGUGUUGGCCGUCCUUGGCUCACGCAGUGUCCCAACGUCAGUCCACAGCAACGGGGCAUCCCUACGGCACCUAGGUAUGCUGCAGGCGUUGCACGCUUUACGCCAUAUACGUGUAACCCACCACCUUGCAUUCUGGUGCAGAGCGGUCUUGGAGCCGUCUGUGUGAUAUGGGUUGCGGGAUGCCCCUGAUUUGGCUACCACGUGCUUCAAGUAUAGCUCCAGACCCACAGAGUGCGAGGUACGAAGUGCCUGCCAGCAGAGGUCGCUCUACUACACACUACUACAUGACACUGAGACUACGGGAUGGAAAGGUCCACAGGCUGUGGUGGUGGUGGUAGACGGCCAUCUGGGUGUGUGGAGUAGGAUUUCUGCCGCGGCCUCACACAUCACCGCGAUCGCCCUCGCAUCCUGGGGAUCUCAUAGGACACCGGUCAUAUCCUCGGAGGAGGUGUAUGUCUCCAACCAUGAGCUACUCUUUGAUACCGCGUCGACCCUGGGUCUUCGUCAUAUCCGAGACAUGGGCGAGCAGUAACGCGGCAGACAUUGGAGUCGUCCUUGCUGCUGCAAUGACCCUGUUGUAUGCUCAGUGUGCGGCCCGCCUGCAUGCGAUGGCCAGGAGUCGAUGUAACGAACGCACCAUCGCCGAAGAUUACCAUUUAGCGUUCCGCCAAGCGACUGGAAUACAACCAGCGAGACUGGCCAAUGCCUCUCCUAUAGACUCACAGCUCCUUGUCAGCACCCGGGAUACCGCCGCUUGAAUACACCGAGGCGCAGAAAAUACCAUGCGGCUGCUGUGGUCAGGUAGUGUUACUCAUUUUCCUAAGGUUCUCUCACGGAUCGCUCCCGCUAUCAGUGGCCUGGGAUCCCCCUCCCUCCCUCCCUUCCGCCCGUUUCAAGGAGUCGAUACAAGCAAUGGGCGGCGCGGGCCAGAGCGGUUGACUUGGCCAUCAGUGCUUGAUCAUGACCUGGACGUCGUUUACAUGACCACCAAAGAAAGAUACAUGUACUCGCUAGAGGUCGAUGUCAGUGUACGUACAGUAUGGCCGCUCGAUUGACUCGCCAUCGGAGCGCCUGCCGUGAUCUCUACCACCUCCAGCGAUCCACACGCUGCUUGCUGCAACACAGGCGAUUCUAUGGUUGACUUCUUGGCAUGCACUAGAACUAUUGCUAAUAGGCACGCCUGUGUCCGAUCCUCGGCUCACAUAUCGUUCGGUACUACGCAUCCGGCCGCCUCCGCCAAACGAUUCUUUCACUUGCAUUCCAUGCCGUCUAUCUGGACUUGCGCAAUAGCGCAAUUGUUGCAUGCCACGCAAGACAGAGUAGCGCCACGGCCCACUUUCUGUGCGGUGCUGAAGCCGGAGUCUAGGCCUGGACGAGCCAAUCCGCACUCGAGAUACACAGUAUCUAUCCACGCUACAUUCAGCAUUUCUUCGGGUUGAGCACUUCUCAGUCCACAAGCAUCGAUACGGGGACCAUCUCCUGUAGAUAAAACGUGCCCUAGCUCGUUAUC